AUGAGCGGAAGUAUAUUCAACUCGCAGGAAGAAGUCGACCCGUGGGCGUCGGGAUGGAACGACCAUACCGGCAGCAACUCCAACCACACUAUCAACAACGACAAGCCCAGCGUCGGGCCAAGCCAAUUCCCGUCCAUGUAUCUCACCUCGUCGCAGUUGCUAGACAAGAAAGACGAGAGCAAUUCAAGAACAAUGUCGAAUGUGCCUCAAUCUUACGAAGCGUUGCAUUCUGAGCUCUUGAACAAGCUAAACACCAUCACCGAUUUGGAGUACCAUGUACUUGACAAGCUCGUGAGUUUGGACUAUUUGACCAACUACCAAAAGCUGAAGUUGAUGGAUGCGGUGUAUGACAACAACUUGUUGCCCAUAUCGCUUGCGCAAAACGUCUAUCAGAUAUUCGGCUUGAUUGCCUUGGAGAUUGACGUGCCUGGCUCGGGCGACUAUGUCACUUUACAGUUUAAACUCAACAGUCUACCGGAAUUGCCCGAGAAACUCGUCAAGUUGGUCAAGAGGGAACAAGAGCAAGGAGGUGUCAUUGACGAUCCGCUUAUGGCGAACUCGUCGAGAAAGGACGAGCAAGAUGAUGACGCGGGAGAUUGGAACCGGGAAAAUGCCGUUGAUCCCAUCCUCACUGACCACUCUGCUUCUCAGCAUGUGCUAUCUGGAGACACCGAUGAGCAUGAUCAUGACCAUGACCAUGAGCACGGGCAUGGCCGUGCUCCUCCUCUCCCUGUUGAUACCAAGUACAUUGAAAAAUACAUUGCUGACAUUAGAGACGAGUUCAAGCCUUUGGUGUUGCAGGAGGACUUGAUCAAGAUUAAAGAAGUGCCUGAAAAGGAAGGGUUGUUGUUUAAACACAUCAACUAUAUAAUCUCGCAUAAUUUGACCUUGGGCUCGGGUGGGUUAUCUGGGCCCAAAAAAGUUGUUCGGAGGUAUUCCGAUUUUGCAUGGUAUGUUCUCAGAGUCAACUGAAGAAGUUGAAAAUUUUUUGGUACUAACUUUUCAAAAAUUUCAGGCUUUUGGAGUACCUACUACAGAAAUACCCGUUUAGGGUGAUUCCAGGAUUACCACCAAAGAAAUUCACAGGUAUGUUGAAGAAAAUUGAUCUACAAGCAAGGCAACAAUUGGUUUUUUCGUUCUUUUUUCGUUCUUUUUUCUUGUUCUUUGAAUACUAAUACACUGCAGUAGGAGCUUCACCGGAUUCCCAGUUCUUGCAAAGACGUCGCCGCGGGCUACACAGGUUCUUGAAUCAGUUGAUCAAGCACCCCGUGCUAAAAGAAGAACCCAUCGUUCAAUCUUUCCUUACCGUGCCCACCGACUUGUCGACUUGGAAAAAACAGGCCAAGAUUGAUAACUCGUUGGAGUUUAAAGGACAGAAGAUCCAGACUGAUUUUAUCAACACGGUGUGGCCGGCUGUUAGUGAGGAGUUUUUGAAAAAUUGGGCGGUUGCCGAGCAGAAUAUCAAGCACUUGAUUGAAAAAUGGACCAAGGUUGUUGUUAUCGUUGAGAGGCACGAGAGAAGACAGCAGCAGAUUAGCUUUGAUAAUCAGAAGCUCGUGGAGAUCUUGGGCCAGUUCCGCCGAUUGGACGUGGCGGUGUACCCACUCGAUGACAAGUCGACAUUUUUGCAGAAUGACGACAUUGAAAGCAUCAAUUCGGGGUUGGGCACAGUAGGGGAGUAUUACACUAAGGCCUCGCAGAUUAUUGUCGAUGAUAGCUACAUCAUCAACACAAAGACUUUGGAGAAGUUCAAGAAUUACAUGGAUUAUUUAUACUCGUUGCAGGAGCUAUUUGAGCGAAGCAAGACGCUAUCGGGCAAUGAAAUUGAGAUUUUGAACAAGCGCAUCAGGGAGAAUGAGACAAGGUUCAAAAAACUCAAUACCGAUGGUGCCGAUGUGACCAACCCUGACAUCACGAGACUUAGACAGAUGAUCAUCAACGACAAGCAGGAGAUUUUCCAGCAAUUGAACAAGGAUUGGUUGAUCAAACAGUGCUGCUUCAAGGAGUUCCUCAUGUUUCAAGAAACGCAGUACCUAAUAAGCGAAGUCUGGCUAGAGUGGACCCGCGACCGAUUCAAGUUCCAAGAAAAGAUGACGGCGUUGUUUGACAAUGUCAAUACCGAAGUGCAAGACCACAUGCCCCUAAGUCGAUGA